AAACAGACAGGCAACCAAGUAACUAACCAACAAAUAGAUAAUAUAAUAAGAAGAAUAAUAGAAUGCCCUCCUUUCCUAGUCUUGGGGGUUUCUCCUUCCCUUCCUCACGUUCUUUUACAAUCUAAAUGGCAAGCAAAAUGCAUAAUCCCACAGAACUGGACAAGAAUAAAAUAUAUAUAACUAAAUAUCAAGGGACGAAUCUUAAUACCAUACCCUACGCUACCCUACCAUAUAUAUACAUACAUGCAUACCUACAUAACAAUAACAAUAACAAUAACAAUAACAAUAACAAUAACAAUAACAAUAACAAUAACAAUAACAAUAAUAAAAUCUUGAUCUUAAAUAAAUAAACAGCCAUAUCAAUAUAUGUAAGGGAAGGAAAAAAAAAAAAAAAAAAAAAAAAAAGAGGCGUGAAUCAAAACUGUCAUAAAU